GCCAGUCUAUGCCUAAUUAAAGACCAGACCAUUAAACAUUUAAAAAACAAAAAAUAAAUAUCAGCACAAACAAUAACAGAGCGAAUAACAUUAAAAGAAAUAAAUAAAUAACACCAAAUCAAUAGAACCAAAAAUAAUAAUUGACUCAGUAAAUCUAAUGCAAAUUCUAGGCAUCUUCACGCUGUUUCAUAUACCGGUACACAGAUGGCGCCAUUUGCCGCUAACAUAAAUUUAAACACGGCCGCUCACAGAUAAUGCUAUAUAAUGGAAAUAGCUCGGUAAAAGUUAUUUGAUGUACGAUUGUGCGUCGGAGGUUGGUUAAACGCUCAUUUGAUACCAAAUGAAAAGUCGAAUUUCAAUCGCGAUAGGAGUCAAAAAGUGUGCGCGCAUCUUUGUGUUUUAUCUUUCGAGUGUGUAGCGAUUAUAUAAAUAAAAAAUAUAGAUAUAUUUAUUGCUUUUCAUUGAUCUAUAAAUCAGAACAAUCCCAAUAGAAUUCAGGAAACCACCAGAGAUGCUGGCGUUCAGAUACCUGUUAUUCCUCUUAAUAGGAAUCGCUUACACCAAUUAUGCUGAUGCUAAAGUUAAUGUUGACCAGAUCCUCGAUGAAUCGCCAAUAAUUGAUGGACACAAUGAUUUACCUUACAAUCUGUAUCAUAUUUUGAAGAACGAUCUCAGCAAAUUCAAUUUGAACAGCGAUUUGACUAAUAACAAGGAUUGGAAGGACUGUGAUUCGUGCUUCACCGAUCUGCCCCGUCUCAAGAAGGGUAAAGUCGGAGCGCAGUUUUGGGUUGCUUACGUUGGAUGCGGUACGCAAUACAAGGAUUCGCUGGGGAAAACAUUGGAACAGAUUGACGUUAUCAAGCGUCUGGUGCAGAAAAAUUCUGAGCACAUGGUGUUUGUCGAUUCGGCAGCAGGUCUAGAUACUACGAAUGGAAAAAUUGCGAGUUUGAUCGGUAUUGAAGGUGGUCACUCCAUGGACUCCAGACUUGGAGUCUUGAGAAUGCUUUAUGACCUAGGAGCUAGAUACAUGACCUUAACGCACACCUGCAACACACCAUGGGCCGACAGUUCUUUGGUCGACACGUCAAAACCUGUACAUGAUCUAUCGGCGUACGGCGAGGAAGUUGUAAAAGAGAUGAACAGAUUGGGAAUGAUUGUAGAUCUUUCUCAUGUCUCUCACAACGUGAUGAAAAAGGCGAUUGAGAUUAGCAAAGCUCCAGUGAUGUUCUCGCAUUCUUCUGCUUGGGGUGUACAUAAUCACCACCGGAACGUACAAGAUGAUAUUUUGGUAGCUCUGAAAGAAAAUAAAGGUAUUAUUAUGGUCAACUUUUAUCCGGGAUUCAUUAGCGACAAUCUGGAAACUGCAUCCUUGGAAGAUGUUGCCAAUCACAUUAAUUACAUCGUUGAUAAAAUUGAUCACGGUCACGUUGGAAUUGGUGCCGAUUACGACGGCGUCGAUAAAGCGCCCAUAGGACUUGAGGAUGUAUCCAAAUAUCCCGACUUGUUUAAAUAUUUAGUCGAAAAAAAUGAAACGAGAUGGACUGCAGAUAACUUGAAGAAAUUGUCUAGGCAAAAUUUCAUCCGCGUCUUCGAAGGGGUCGAGAAGGCUAGAGAUGAAUUGAAAACCGUAAACCCAUUCGAAAGUUGGAUUCCAAGUGAUGAUUUGGAUGCGGUCGAAAAACAGGAGAAACUGUGGCAGUGCCGUACUUUGCUCAACAAUUCCAUUCCUUACCAAAAUGCCGCCGCCUCGACUAUUCCAAGUAGGAUCUUUCUUAUCGUCGGCCUCAUUGCAAGCUUCGCUAUCUUAAGAAUGUAAUAUUUUAUGCGCAAAUAACGGUGUACUAUAUUCCCAAUGGUUUAUCAAAUUUCAUUAAAAUUAUUAUAGAAGUAGUUAUCUACAGCUAUCGUGUGACCAUAAAAAAAUGUUUUUGUCAGUCCUAUAAGAUAAUAACAAAUAAAGAAUAAUUAUAUUUUAA